CGCACCACUUUGAGAGAGACCGCGUCUCUCCAGAAAGCUUCAUCUCGGGCUGCGCAGUGCCCGCCGCUGUUGCGCGCCACGCUGGCUCACACAGUCCGGAACAGGAAGGAAAAAAAGACGUCUUCAUGUUUCUAGGAAGACGUCGUAAAGUCUGGAUUCAACACGCGGAGGAGUGGGAGGAAUACCGCAACUCGGGGUAAUUUCGUCUGAGGAUGCCGAGGAGCCCGUUUCCCGCUUCGGAGAAACGUCCAACACCAGCGUGAAGCCAGAGGAUGACAGCAGCCGGUCCCGCCUGCAGCCCCGCAUCCUCCCACUCUUCCAAGUCGUCACUUGUUUGCCUCCCAGCAUGCAACGGCCACCUGAUGAAAGGCAAGGCCUUCCAGACCAAACUGCCCCUGCGCUCUGGCGCCGGCGUGUGGCUCCUGCUGGGUGCAGUGGUGGUUUUGGUGGGGAUGGCGGUGGCGGUGGCGGGCUACGUGUCCGCAGCUCCGAAGCUCGCCCUGAGCGGCACCAACAUCGAGAAGAUGAAAAUGGCCGGGCCCGUGGUCAUGGGACUGGGCCUGUUCAUCUUCAUCUGUGCCGCAACGCUGUUGUACGAGAACCGGGAUCUGGCAGUCCUCCGGCGAGAGACGCCUGACGACCUUGAGGAUCUGAAGGGAGGCGACGGCUGGGAGGACUCGCAGGAGCAGCCCAGCUUCAGCUGUCGGGAGCAGUGGGAGUGUAAAGACGGAGAGCAGGGAUCCUGGGCCGUUCCGACCCACACACACACCCCCUCAAGCCAGAACUGUGGCGCUCCUCUUCCUCCGUCGCACAGAAACACACACAACAUCAGCAGCAGGUCUUCACAGCCGCCUCCUUCAGAUGCAGGAGGUAGAGAUAGAGAGGUGGAGGUGAAGGUGGGGAAGAGGAGCAGCUAG